CCUCCCCUAAUGAAUAAGUAAGCAGCACACGGCAGUAGGCUGUUCGGGAUAAAGCUGCAGCGAGUUUAGCAUAGCCCGAGAACGAAGAAGAAAGAAGAGGUGCUUACGUUUCAAAGACAGAGCAAAAACAUUAAAGACAAGAAUCUCAUUCAGAAAGCAUGUCUGCUGAGGACCUAAAAGAUAUUCCAAAUGGGGACAGCAUUCCCUAUGAUGAAAAUGAGGAAGAAGAUGAAGGUGUCGGCCCCACAGAUCUGUCUGAGCUGUUGAAAGAAGGGACAAAAGAAUCUCAUGACAAGGCAGAAAAUACUCAGUUUGUGAAGGAAUUCCUUAAGGGUCGUAUCCGAAAGGAGCUUUUUAAGCUUGCAGCAGUGGCAUUAUAUUACACCUAUUCUGCACUGGAAGAGGAGAUGGAUCGAAACAAAGAUCAUGCCCUGUUUUCCCCCCUGUACUUUCCCCUUGAGCUUCACCGUCGAGAUGCUCUGAUCCGUGAUCUGGAGUUUUUUUUUGGAAAAGAAUGGCAGGAUCUGGUAAAGUGCUCAGAAGCUACAAGCAAGUAUGUCGAACGUAUUCAUGAGAUAGGGCAUGAUGAACCUGAACUUCUGGUAGCCCACGCGUAUACCCGUUACAUGGGAGAUCUUUCUGGUGGCCAGAUCCUGAAGAAGGUGGCCCAGCGUGCUAUGAAGCUUCCCAGCACUGGGGAGGGAAUCCACUUCUAUGUUUUUGACAACAUUACCAAUCAUAAGGAAUUCAAGCAGCUCUAUCGUGCAAGGAUGAACACACUGGAUCUUGACCAGGAGCUUAAGGACAGAAUUGUGAAAGAAGCAAACCUUGCUUUCCAGUUCAACAUGCAGGUCUUUGAAGAGCUGGAUAAAAUUGGGCAGAGUAUAAAGGAUGAGGUUCUGGAUGGUGGUCUGCCAGUGUAUGAAGGAAAAGGAGACAUACGUAAAUGUCCAUACUAUGCAGCCAAAUUGGCUGCUGGAGGAGGUUCCUCCUAUGCAUGCCACAUGGCAAUGGCCCUGCUGCGCCGCCCAUCGGGGCAGAUCAUCAUGGCUGCAUGUGUAGCCACAAUUGCUGGUAUGUUUGCAUGGUACUUCAUUUGAACGAGAGGAUCACUAAAGGCAUCCUUGAUGAAAACAGGUGGGCAACAGUAAACGGAGGUCCUCUGUCAUGACCAAGAGCCUUCUUCACUUCUUGCCAAAGAGAGGGGCAGCUGUUGAAGAGAAGAUGGCACAACAGGAUGUGCUUCAUUCCCUGAAAUAGACGUCACAGUUCACUCUUUAUUGCGUUCAUAAGUUUGUAAUUACUUGCUAGCUUUUGUAGAGCUACCAGAAGUUUUUGUAGGUGUGUUUUUUUUUUUUUGUGUUUAUUUCUUUAAAAUGGCAUCCCUAGAAUUACAGGUACACGUUUUUUCAUCUACCCAUGUUCUACCAUAACUAUUCAUACAGAUACUGCUUCAGACAAAAACAGCUUAAGUGUUUUUAAUUUGGGUAAACUCAAUUUGAUGUUUAAGCUUACUUUGUAAAAUAAUCCUGUCCUAUUUUUCUGUUCUGUUUAAUGGACAUACUUGCAUUUACAUCUCUAUUUAACUAAAGCAUCACUUGAGUUGAACAUGUGACUUACCAGUCAGAGUCAGUGCAAGGAAGUAGUACCGGGUUUAGUUUGUGCAUGGCACAAAAUCAGAAAAAAUGUUAUUGUAUGCAAUUAGCAACAGUUUCUCUGUGCAGAGUGCUAGGCAGCGCUUGCCGAGUCUUUAGUUGUUUUCAGCUACUGAUAUUUGCUAACACUAAUUAGUGUGUGAUUUAGUCUAAAAAUUGAUUACAUUUUACAAUUAUGCAAACUGUUACUAAGACACAUUUGAAAGUUGUGUAAAACAAGUUCAGCUGGUGUUUUGUUUUCUGUCAUGGUGAAAACACAAUUGCUUAAAUUGCACUGAUUGGUUUCUACUUUAAUUUAGAUGAUGAAGAUAUCAGACAAACAGUGCGGCAGAAAAAUGAGGAUGCCUUAGGUUUUUUUUUGUGGUCAAACUCAUUACAGUUUCACAUAACCAGUUUUUAAGGUGAGAUACUUUGACAAUUAUACAUGAGCCAGAUGAGUAUGUUCUCAAUCUGAAGCAAUAUAUGUAUCUUGUAUAAUGUUUAUUCUCAAAAAAUGCAACUUCCAUUUUCACCAGUUUUAGAAAAAUUUGAAACAAAAUGUUCAAGAUCUCCUGUUUCUUACUGUUAUUUCCACUCCUUAUGUUAACUGUCACGAUUAAUUCCAGAAUUUGAAAUACGCAUAUCAUAAGUAUACCUGUUAUCAUAGUACCUGAGCAGGUACUUUUGUAUGGCAGAUCUAAUGAAUGUUUAGUCUGGGAAUGAGUGCAAUACCCAGUCCACCCAGUAGUAAGAACAGACACUGCAAACGGUUCCGUGAAGUGAGAGGCAGGCCUGUUUGUUCUUGACGUGUUGCUACAUUUUGCACAUUUUAACCAAAGCUGCCGCAUGUCUUUUUUUGUUUGUUUAAUAUGAAACAAUUAUAGAACAUAUUAUUAUAGAUAUUCCACUUUCAUGCAUUUGUGUAAAAGUAUUAGUACUCUGGGCAGUGCUUUUAAAUACAGUUUUCAGGCUGUUUGCUGCAGCGCCCCAUAAUUAACACAACACACUAUAACCUACUGCCGUUUCAUAUUUGACUGAUAUUUGUAAAGAAAACCUUAUAAGGCCUGCUUAGCCUGCGUUGCACUACAGUAUAGUUCUGUGACAUGAAUGCUUUGACUUAUGCAAUGUUAACAAGUUCAUGGUAUCCAUUGUGUUAAGAAGUUGUUAACGAUUCGCCAAAUUCUCUGCUUAAUUCUGAAUGAGUUCUGAUUGACACAAACUUGAAGAUGAGUAUAGAUAAUUAUUAUACAGGAGUAUGAUAGAAUUUAUAACCCAACUUGUAUUAUGCAAUAAGUUGCUGUAUCCUAUUCUUGCUCUUUGUCAUUUGAGUGAUGCAAAUAACAAGAGAAAAAAAUAUAUAUACUGUAACUGCCUUUACUGUAAAAAUAAGAAAUGGUCUUUAGCAUCCUAAAGAGAAUGUACAUGAUAUGGCAUCAACAAAUGGACAGCACACAAACGUGAGCUGGCGCUGACUCUGUCUUGCUAAAGUUUCUGACAAAAACUGAAUUUCUUUGAGGUUAACUUCUGGGGAAAAAUAUGCUUUGUGCUCCAGCUUUCUGUGUUUACUUUAGACAAGAGUAUGGAAAUGAGAGGAACUACAAUAAAGAUGCAUCUCUCUGCA